AAAGAAAUUAUUUUCAGUUUGUGUUGGACGACAUCGAAGUGCACAUUCGACAAAGUUGUAAGCUGUUUCCGCUGAUUUUUUAUAGAACUGCAUUUUCACUAAACAGGAUACAGUUAGCAGUUUAAAAUGCUUAUAUCACAAUUUUUCGAAAACCAGGAGAUCUUUAUUACAGGAGGAUCAGGUUUCAUUGGGAAGGGGCUCAUUGAAAAAAUUUUGCGCUCUUGUCCAAAUGUAGGCGCGGUCUACGUCCUAUUACGACCGAAAAAAGGAAAGAAUAUCGAGGAUCGUUUAAAUGAUAUAUUAAAUUCUCAACUAUUUGAACGACUUAGGCAAGAACAACCGCAAAAUUUGAAGAAAGUACAUGCCAUUGCAGGUGAUUGUAGUGAGCUAGGUUUGGGCAUUAGUGAAUUCGAUUUGAUACGAUUGAAAAAUGUGAACAUUAUUUACCAUUCAGCUGCCAGUGUAAGAUUUGAUGAUCCAUUGCGCGAUGCUAUUCUCAUGAAUACACGUGGCACCUAUGAGCUGAUCAAAAUCGCUGAAAAUCUUAAGCAUUUAAAGGUCUUUAUACACGUUUCCACAACUUACUGUUAUCCAAAUCGACGAGUUGUUGGGGAACAGUUUUACCCAUCUUAUGCAGAUUGGCGAACAACAAUUAAGCUGGCCGAAACAUACAAUACUGAAAUGUUGAACGUCUUCAAUCUGAAAUAUGGCGACUUCCAACCAAACACUUACACAUUUACAAAGAGUUUAGCUGAACAAAUCAUCAAGGAGUAUAAAGAUCGUCUUCCUUUGGUCAUAUUUCGACCAUCAAUAGUUGUAUCAUCCAUUAUCGAUCCAGUUCCUGGGUGGGUGGAUAACUUCAACGGCCCCAUUGGAAUGCUAGUGGCUUGUGGCAUUGGCAUAUUCCGUACAAGUUAUGGUGAACCAAAUAUUAUUUCUGACUUUGUACCAGUCGAUAUAGUUGUGCGAGCCAUGCUAAUUGCUACAUAUCGUAAGGGUAAUGAGAAUAGAGAUAAAGAUGCAUCGAAAUUGGAAGUAGUUAAUUGUGCUGCUUCAAAGAUUUGUCCAAUCACUACUGGCGAAGUCAUCGAAAUCGGCAAAAAAGUUAUAAAAGAAACGCCUUUUGAAAAGACACUAUGGGUACCAGAUGGAAGCAUAACGCGGUGUCCAGUAUGGAAUUUUAUACGGUUCUUUACUCUGCAAAUUUUGGUAGCAAUAUUUGCCGAUUUUGCCUUGCGGUUUACUAAUACAAAACCAUUUCUAUUAAAAUUACAAAGACGUAUUUACGCUGCUACAUUGGCAUUGCAUUAUUUUGUAACCACUGAAUGGGACUUCAAGAACGACAAUUUCUAUGAAUUAAAUUCCUUUGUACCAGAGUCUGAAGUCGACAAAUUUGGGUUCUUACAAUACAGAGAUCUAGAUUACGAACAAUUUUUCCGCAAGGGUAUACGUGGGGCAAGAGUAUUUCUGUUAAAUGAACCGCCAACGUGUUCUCAGGGUGCAUUGACACGCAUGAAAAUCUACAAAGCAUUACACUUUCUCUUCAAGUUGAUCGGAAGUGUGCUGAUUCUACGCUUUGUAGCAAAUUUCAUUUAUUAUAAAUUUUUUACUACUGUCAUAUAACUGCAUCCAUAUUACAUUCUCGUUUUUUUCAUUUCAUUCAUUUGGAAUACACAUUGACAUUUUAUGUAAUUUAAUGCACCUACCCGAUAUAAAACUUGUAUUUUUGAAUUAUGUAGUUCAAAUGGAUAGUUCGUUUGCUUACAAAAAUUCUAACUUUCAGCAAUAAAAAGAUACGUAAUUUAUUUUUAUAUAUCUUGGUUUAUUUUUGUUGACAAAUUUAUUACAAUUAUUUUCUUGCUAUUUGCUGUUCAAUAUCUUGUAGUAGCAAUUUGAUGCGUUUUAUCUAUCCUUCGCAAACUAAUCUUCUUUACGUCAAAUCUCAACCACAUAGGUUGGAAAAAUAUACACAUAUGCAUGGUUGCGGAUGACCUUGUUCUUGUUCUUCGCAGUCUUA